GGACUGGAUCCUCAUCGAGAUACGCCUGUAGAAAUUUUGCAUGUCAUUCUCCUUGGAUAUCUAAAAUACUUUUGGCGGGAUGCAAUUUCACGCCUCAGUGAACCGAAGAAGGAAAUUUUGGUUAACCAUCUCUGUUCAAUAGAUGUCUCGUCAAUGGGGCUUUCCCAGCUGGCAGGCGAGACACUAGUGAAGUACGCACGAUCUCUCACUGGGCGAGACUUCCGUGCAAUUGCACAAGUAGCGCCUUUUGUUCUGUAUGAUCUUGUCCCAAAAGAAUGCUAUGAUGCAUGGCUUUCUCUCAGUGCCCUUGUCCCCCUCGUCUGGCAACCAGUGAUUCAAGACCUAGACUCAUACCUUGUAACCCUUGAGCUUGCAAUUGACCGUUUUCUUGAUUGCGCUGUGAAUUGGACCCCUCGAUGGUUCAAUAAACCAAAAUUUCAUAUCAUCAAGCAUUUGCCUAUGCAUAUUCGACGUUUUGGCCCAGCCAUACUCUACGCAACUGAA